GAGUGGACAGAGCUGCUCUCUGCCAGUCACCGCCGAGCUGUAUAGCGGAUAAGUCGCAAAUCAGUACAAAAUAAGUGCAACGUAACGGUUCGCAAUUCCAUAUAUCCAAAAGGCAAACACAGCAGAAAAAAUUUUUCAUAAGCAAAACACAGUUGCUCAAUUCACGCUGUAAAUCAGUUUAGUUAUUAUAAAUCGCGCUAUUUUACUGGCACCUGAAAACAGUUAUCGCCCAAAUGACGGACAGUAUUGUAAAUCCAAACCAAAUUGGUCUAUAAUUAAACUUAUCGCUGCGUUAAUUGCACGUCUUUGAUCUUGAACGGAAAGUGAGAGCUACGUGCGGCUAGAUAAGAUGGUAUGGUAAAUCACAAAUUACCGCUAGACGCUAGUAAAAAUGGUUCAAAAAGUCGGCUUACACGUGUAAUCAAUACAGGCAAUUAUGUCAUGAAAACUGUUAAUUGCAGUAUUGGGUAAUGAUUCUAAUCUAUUGGAAAAAUUGGAAAUCAAAUGCAAAUGGCGAUUAAAAAAAUUCGCAAUGUAAUAAUAGUAAUAAUAAUAAUCUGGUGAAAAGUGUUACUUGGCGGUUAAAUUUUGAAUUUCAAAAGCUAAGCCGUAAAAAAAAACCGCGAGAGCAUAAAAGCUUUAAAGCAACCCCUUAUAAAAUAUAGGGGAACAGCAUUAUUUAACAGCGCGGGAGAGAGAGCGAGUGCGCAGAGCAAAAAUGAGCGCCACAGAGGCACACUCCGAAAAUGCGGCACAAAGACGGAAUAGUCAGACCAGCGAAAUUAGCGCUGCCAGCAUUGUUGGGGAGCAGCAGGUCGAAGGGGCGGUCCGCAAUGCUUGCCAGUGGGCGUGGCACGUGGUCAAAUCCAUUUCCGUGGAGCCCACAAUGUUCCUGUACAUGUUCGCCUUCAUGAUCACCUCGGUGGUGGAGCAGAAUUUCUUCCUGUACAAGUCCUGCCGCGUGAAUAAUAAUUUCACGGAGGAGAUCUGCCGGAAUCUCAACAAGGCGGAGAACGAGUAUUUCAAGAACAAGUCCCUGCUGACCAAUGCCUGGUUCCUCCAGUGGGAGAACAUCUCAGCGCACAUCUUUCCCAUCAUCUUGGCUUUUCUGGGCUCCUUCUCGGAUCGGAGGGGCAGGAAGCUGCCACUGCUCAUGGGACUGGUGGGAAAGUUUAUCUAUUCCACGAUGAUUGUGGUCAAUGCCAGGAUGCCCUCGUGGCCGGUGCAAAACAUCAUCUUCUCCGCCACCUUGCCGUCGGCCUUGACCGGUGCGGAUGUGGCCAUUUUCGCCUCCUGCUUUGCCUACAUCUCGGACAUUUCCACGGUGCAGCAGCGCACCAUCCGGGUGACCAUUCUGGACGUGGUCUAUCUCACUGCCAUGCCGCUGGGCGUGGCCCUGGGCUCGCACCUCUUCUACAACGUCUUCAAUCAGUCCUACGCGGACAUGUUCACCGUGAACGCCUCGCUGCUCGCUCUGGCCAUCAUCUACUCUCUGUGUGCCCUUAAGUGGCAAACGACGCCAAAACAGCGUUCGCUGAGGGAACUCGGUUGUUGUGGUUUCUGGGGCGACUUCUUCGACAAGCAGCACGUAAGGGACUCGUUGGCGGUUCUGGUGAAGCCACGGAAGGGACAUCGGCGCAGCUUCCUCAUUAUCCUGAUGAUCAGCAUGGCCCUGUACACCUUCCAGCGGGACGAGGGCCAUUACCUGUACAUGUACACCCUCGACAAGUUCGACUGGGAUGUGAGUGCGUACAGCAACUUCAAGACCUUUAAGUCGUCGGCCUACGUGAUUGCCAUGCUGCUGGCGGUGCCGCUAAUGAAUAAGAUCCUUGGCUGGAGGGAUACGACCAUUAUUUUCAUUGGCACCUGGGCCCAUUCGAUAGCACGGCUGUUCUUUUAUUUCGCCACCAAUACGGAUCUGCUCUACGCCGGAGCCGUGGUCUGCAGUUUGGGACCGAUAGUGGGACCCAUGAUCAGGGCAAUGACAUCAAAAAUCGUGCCCAUAUCGGAGCGAGGAAAGGUUUUUGCGCUUCUCUCGGUUUGCGACAAUGCGGUGCCCUUCAUAAGCGGAGUGUGCUAUUCGCAACUUUAUCAGAAAACCAAAACCAGCAACUACGGAGGAAAUGUCUUUAUGCUAACUAUUGCCACACAGGUAGCUGUUUUCGUGAUGAUACUUUGCAUUCAUGUUGUUUUGGGCAAGAACUCACUGGCCGUUCCAGAAGUUCCUGAAAAGGAGAGCGGCCUUAUAUGCCAAAAGGAGGAUGGCCUUGUAAUCCCAAACGAGGAGGAUAAAAGUUAGCCUGACAUUUACACUAUACUUUUAUGAUUCAUAAAAAAAGACAUGCAACCAUGGAAGGCAGCUAUUGCAUUGAAAAUGUUACCAACCAUACACAAUUAGUUAUAAAAACAUCUAUAUUUUUAUGUCAGGCUCAUGACUUAGUCAAUAAAACUGACAUAUCGAACUGUUGCCCUAUUUUUUAGGGUUAGUUUUCACAUUUGCACAUAUAUUUAA